UAAAUUUGAAUAAUAUGUCAAGUUGAUUGGUUCAAAGGUAAAAAAGUAUGAAACUAUAGAAAGAGCGUUAACCAGCGGUACCACUACUAUUUGCUGGGCGUCGGUAUCUUUUGUCUUAUAAAAAAUAAACCUGCCUAGUGUUCAUCUUUAUCCUCUUCAUCUUACAUACAUAUUCUAAGGACGUUCACUAUCGCAUUUCAUAACGUCGUAAAAAAAAAUGAACAAAACAUUGAUAUUCUUAAGAUUAUUAAACGUCGCAUGGAUUUUCUCUUGAUUAUUAUUAUCCGUACAAUCGGAAUAUUUGAAAAGUUAGUAUUGUAACGGGUUUGGUAUCACAGUUGCAUUGUGUGGUAGUAGGGAUGUGUUGAGAAAUUAGAUCAACCUGUCAGUGUUUCAUACGAACCAUCAUUGUACGUGUACUUUGAGAUGUCCGAAAUGAUGGAGCAGGGAAUGGAACUCUCCAUCUACACCGGAGUUGUACUACGUGGAUCUAAUACCAAAGAGGACGAAGUUCACAGUUCGGGUACUCUGAAUAUUGUUGAAUAUAGUUUUGGCAAAUGCAUAGAAUGGAGACCUACGGAAGAAUCUGUUGUAUUGGAGAAUCAAGAUCAAGAUCCAGAAUGGUCUUUAGUAGAUACUCAUACAAGAAGAACUCGCACUACUUCGGAAGGUGCAGACUCUUGUGGACAUUCAAAGAUAGUUAGAAUAUUAUUCUCCGAUUUAAAAUCAUUUCGUAUUAAUCUUGGAGGACAACAGCUGAUAUUUAUACAAAAGGAUGGUACCACCUAUGUUGCCUUCUUUCAAUUGUCCAAAGCUGAAACUUUUGUUAAUACGUUAAAGAAUUUUAUUCACUUCAGAAGCUCAACGAAAGAUAAAAACUUGUAUUAUGUAUUGGAAGAGGUUGAAACUGCUUUGAACAAAUCGUUCGCUGAAUUGAAUUUAUUUCAAGAGAAUACUUCAGAUUAUGUAUGGAAUUUUGUGAAAAAUUUACAAAACCGUCCAUAUGAAACAACACUAGAAGCAUUCAGUAAAUUAGCAGAUAUUUGGUUAUACAAAGAACCAGUAAAAAGACCAGUUGAAGAAGCGGUAGCUGAUUUACUUAAUUCUUCCUUAUCGAGUAAUCAACAUGAACCUGCGGAUGAAUACGAAGUGAUAGGACAAGCAGAUAUAGGUUUACAAUUUCCACCAAGACCUCCAUGUCCUAGAGGUUUACCUUUAUCGCAAGAGCAAUGGGACAGUAGUAAAGAUUCAGAAGGAAGAAUUAUUGAUCCAGAUGCUGUUAAAGAAAUCAUUUUUCGAGGGGGCAUACAUCCAUUAUUGCGUUAUGAAGUUUGGAAAUUUUUAUUAAAUUAUUAUCCAUGGAAUUCAAGUAACGCUGAGAGAAUAGAAAUAAGAAGAAAGAAGACCGAUGAGUACUUUAAUAUGAAACUUCAAUGGCGAUCUAUGACGCCAGCACAAGAAAAUCGUUUUUCAGACUUUCGGGACAGGAAAAACUUGAUAGAAAAAGAUGUUAACAGAACGGAUAGAACACAUCCCUAUUUUCUAGGCGACAAUAAUCAUCUAGAAUUAUUAAAUGACAUACUCAUGACAUAUGUAAUGUACAAUUUUGACUUAGGAUAUGUCCAAGGUAUGAGUGAUCUACUCAGUCCUAUUUUAUGUUUGAUGGAUUGUGAAGCGGAUGCAUUUUGGUGUUUUGUUGGUUUUAUGGAUCAAGUGAGUACAAAUUUUGAAAUGGAUCAGUCUGGAAUGAAAAUGCAGUUACGUAAUAUACAUACUUUACUGUACAAUAUGGAUCGACAAUUGGAACACUAUUUAACUCAACACGAAUCUGGAAAUAUGUUUUUCUGUUUUCGUUGGUUAUUAGUAUUAUUCAAAAGAGAAUUUAAUUCAUCUGAUAUAAUGAAACUGUGGGAGAUUUUAUGGACUGGUUUACCAUGUCCUAAUUUUCAUUUACUCAUAUGUGUAGCUAUAUUAGAUACUGAAAGAAAUGUAUUGUUGAAAAAUAAUUUUGGCUUUACGGAAAUACUCAAACAUAUAAAUGAUCUUUCUUUACACAUUGAACUACAAUCGACGCUUUCCAAAGCAGAAGGUAUUUAUUAUCAAUUAAUGGCGAUAGAAAACAAACUGCCGAACAAUUUGCGUACAAUUAUUGGAUUGGAGCCUCGAGAACGAACAUCGGAUGAAAGUGAUAUAGAAGAAAAUAUGAUAGAUGCGUCUAAUUCUUCUAUUAGAACUAGUUCUAGAAGAAACAGUUCGGAAAGUGUAACAACCCAGCAUGGUAAUAACGAAAAGUCUUUCGAAAAAGGUCUAAACUUUUUUCUAUAAGAUUUGGGUCAAUUUUUACAGUUUUAUGUUUACUAAAAUCUAUGAAAAAAAAAACAACAACCUUAGCUUAGUAGAACACACAAAAGAUUUCUAAGAUUCUAUUAUCAUUUUUCUCUUUCUUUUCUUCUCACUCUCUUUCUCAAUCUCUGUCAUUCUUUUAGUUUUCUAAAAAAAACAUGAUCUCGUGUUGUUUAGCUUUCAACGAACAUUAGAUUAUUGCACAAAAGAAAAAACGAAAGAAAAC